AUGUGGCAAGAAAGUAACAGUCAAUACGGCGCUUCUUCGUCGCACAACCCGUAUUACCCGCAAGGUCCCCAGGCUUCCCAGGACGUUCCGCUCCAGUUCUACGCACCUCAGUCUGACCAAGGAAAUUUCUAUCCUGGAUCAAGAUCUAGUCUGGAGGGAAAUGUUGGUGCACAGGGGUCAAUAUCUCAGCAGGGACCUACGUCCAACUAUGGAGGAAACAUACAAACAGUUGGUGGUUGGUGGACGGCUUUUGGGACAGGUGGGUUUGAAGGUGAACCACCGUUACUUGAAGAGUUAGGUAUCAAUUUCUCGCAUAUUCGAGCAAAGUCAAUGACAGUACUCAAUCCCCUACAACGUGUGGACGAACAAAUUAUGGACGAUGCUGAUUUGGCUGGACCACUGCUGUUCUUCUUUUGCUUUGGUACUCUCCUUCUUCUCUCUGGGAAGCCUCAGUUUGGCUACAUAUAUGGCUUCGGCUUACUGGGUUCCGCGUCCAUUUAUACUCUCUUGAAUCUGAUGUCUGAGAAAGGCAUCGACGCAUACCGUGUAGUUUCUGUUCUUGGCUACUGUCUACUCCCGAUGGUGGGUGUAGGUGCCAUAAGCGUAAUCGUUACACUCGAGUAA